AUGUUCUGUCUACGAAGUUGGUUACCUCUCCUCUUCAUCCCAACCAAUGCCUCACCACUGUUCAUCAUCUCCUUUGUCGCCUUGACAUACAUCAUCCACCGACCAUGUAUAUACUGUUCAGCACUGCUCCUGAUCCUCUUUGUCUCCUCAUGCCACUGGUCAGACCGCUGCAUCUUUGAUCUCCGCAGUAACUGGUUUGCUCCACGAUACAGUGCAGAGCCCAACUACAGUUACUCUGGGAACACCACCGAGGCAACAGUACCCACUGAGGGACUCACAGACUUUGUCUUCGACACUGUCAACUCAACUGCCAAGGCAUUGGCUGGUGCUGCCUUGGAGGGUGUGCAGCAACACUUUGCUCCGAGUGGAAUGGAUUCUAAGCACGAUGAGUGGACCGGGGUGGGAUUAGAAUGGAUGCGCAACCUCUUGGGCAGGCGUGAGUGGACACUUCCCUGUGUGGAUGUCAAAGUGCGACUAUAG